GAGCUUCUUCUUGUGAUGUGUAUCGUGUCAUUGGAAUUGCAUAGGAUUGAAAUUGAGAUGGAUAAAGCAGAAAUGGUGGAUGAGAUGAUGAUGUUCAAGAAGAUGAGUGUCCUUCCCACUGAAAAGGAUUUUCUUGAUGCCAUCGUUUCGGUUUCUCUCCAGGAGCUUAAGAGAUCAUCCCUCAAGUCCAAGGCUUGCCCUAAGUUUGACCCUAUCCAUAUGGCUUACAGGGAGACGGUUAGGUUCGUAGGGACUACCUUUUCUGCUAUGGUCUCUAAGGUUUUUAAAGAGUUUCGCCCCCUCGAUGAAACUCAUCCCGUGUUCGGUCGCCUCAUCUCUCAGCGAUUUGAUAUUAGUCACUUGUCCCUUGCCGUUGCACAACUGGUAAAUGCAAAGAGACUGUUUUACAGUAUCAGCAUGAGGUUUGUGCAGCUACUGAACAAGGAUGAUUGUGAUUCACUGGACAAGUGCAAGCGCCUGAAUGUGGCUGCUCUCGGCUGCUUGCUUACUGUUGCUAUGAGAAUCCUCCCUUGUUUGGCUUAUCUCGAAAAGGUCAGGCAGUACAUGGCUCAGGCGACUGAGAAGGAUCUGGAAGAUGAGAAUGCUGCUACUCUGACGAACAAGAAGCAUGUCGCCCUCUUGUCUAAGGAAGCCUGCACUGGCCUUCACACCCCUCGCUUUGAUAUUCAAAAUGUUGCCGGCUUUGUUCUUCCAGAAGCUGUUGCUCGGGUCGAAGAGUUGGGGCUUGAAUAUGUCUUCAAGCUCCAAGAUAAUCAACUGGACUCUGCAAAACUUUCCCAAACUCACAAGGAGCACCUGGUGCAUUAUUCUCGCUUAUAAAUCAAUCUGUUGAAGAAUCAAUGUCUCUCGGUUUUUAUUCUAUAUCUAGUCUCUGAUAUUGUCGA